AUGUCAGUGGAACACAAACUACAAAAAGUCGAAGAAGAAUAUCUAAGUGACGCACAUUUACGCAUACUUUCUUCACCUUUGCGAAGAUGUCAAUCAUCAAUGAUGGUUUUACCAAAAAUGAUGAUGUUCAAAUUGGUUGGUUUGAAAGAUGCAGAUGAAAGUCCGUUUAAGUUGAUGGAAGAAUUGCAGAAAGAAGAAGAUGGUUUGCGUGAGAAAGAAACGGGAAAGUCGGAUAGAUGGUUCGGUCGGCAAGCAAGAGUCAUGCUUACCAAUAGACUGAAACAGGAAGCAGAUAUGCUCAAACAUAAAAUCGCUACCAGUCAAACGGAAGAAAGCAAAGCAAGAUUUCAAGCUGAGCUCACAGAGAAAGGUAAACAAAUAGCAAUCACACACAGCUUUCAAAGACCACGAUUUCUGAAGUACUCCGUUCAAGGCAUCGAGCCGCAAACGAAUCGAAAAGGAAGUGCAAAGUGGUGUGUAUUGAAUGCAAGAGCCGCAAUGGCACUUUUGGAAAAGAGAAGCUUCCGCUACGCUCAACAGAAUAUCAAGCCGGAUGAAUUCUUAUCGAUAAUAGGCAAAACGUUGGAGAAGGAUGUAGUUCACACCGCCGAGUAUUUGUCCACUUUGCCAACGGAAGAUGGCUGGCUGAUACGACAGAAACACAAGAAGGGCAGUCCAUUAUCGGCAAUCGUUCUGACAAAGUUUCCUGGCGCUAUAGAUAGCGAUGAUACCCCAAUGUACCUUAUGGACGAAUUAUUCGAUAAAGAGAACGACUUCAAGGACAAAGCCGUUCAAGCAUUGCAAGCAAUUUCACAAGAUACCACUUCAGAUCCUGACACUCUCUACAUUCGCAAACAUCAAUUGACUACCAAUCUUUGUGUCGCUCUUUGGCGCUUAAGUCAAUGGCGACAGUCCGCUAGGGAAGCAAGAGAGAGAGAGGAAGAAAGACAGAUCCAGACGUGA